UCUACAUCUCCCACCCCAUCUUUACUUCUUUGUAUGUGCUAAAUAAGAAAAAGCAGAGAGACAAACCCCCCACCACUCUCCCCUCACCCCUCUUAUUUUUAUAUCUUCAUGGCUACAAGUCCACAAGAUAAUAUUUUCAGCCUGCCAAAUCUCAUGCUUCAAAUCACACAACAUCAAUUACUAGUUCUGAUCACAGGACUUGCAGCCAUAUGUAUCCUCCUAUAUCUUCUAUGCAGGAGAAAGGCCAGAAUCUACUUACUGGACUUCACUUGCUACCGAGCACCGGAUUCUUAUCGGAUACCCAUGUCCAUGUUCUUGGAGCAUGUCUUUCUUGACAACCAGUUCGACCCUGACAGCAUUGCUUUCCAAAUGAAGAUCCUAGAGAAAUCGGGAUUCAGUGGGGAAACUUGUGUUCCUCCUUCACUCAGCCAGCUACCUAUUAGAAAAUCACUCUCGUUUGCCAAAGAGGAGGCUACUACUGUAAUCUUCUCUGUGGUUGAAAAUCUGUUGAAGGAAAACAACAUAAACCCACAAAGCAUAGAUAUAUUGAUCUUGAAUAGUAGUGUGUUUUCUCCUACACCUUCCCUCAGUGCAAUGAUAGUCAGUAAGUUUAGGAUGAGGAGCAACAUCAAGAGUUUUAACCUUUCGGGCAUGGGUUGCAGUGCUGGAAUUGUGUCUGUUGGUCUAGCCAAAGAUUUGAUGAGGGUUCAUCAGAGCUCUUUGGCUCUAAUUGUGAGCACAGAAGUCCUAAAUCUAAAUUGGUACACUGGUAAGAUACGCUCCAUGUUGUUACCCCAAUGCCUCUUCCGAAUGGGGGGUGCAGCCAUAUUGAUGUCCAGCCGAAAUGAAGACAGGAAGACCGCAAAGUAUGAACUAAAACACCUUGUAAGAACAACCAAAGCACAGGAUGAUCAAUCUUAUGCUUGUGUCUUUCAGGAUGCCGACUUGGAAGAUAAAACCGGGGUAUCAAUAUCAAAGAGCAUACUGAAAGUGGCUGGGGAUGCCCUAAAGGCAAAUAUGAUCUCAUUGGGCCCACUAGUUUUGCCAAUUUCAGAACAAUUUUGGUAUGGUAUGUCCAUAGUUUGCCAGCAUGUACAGAUUUCAAGCAAGGCAAGCAUCUACAUGCCCAAUUUCAGAAAAGCUUUUGAGCAUUUUUGCAUACAUGCAGGAGGCAGAGCUGUUAUCCAGGCAAUGGAAAAAAAUCUUCAGUUGAGGAUAAAUGAUGUUGAGGCCUCUAAGAUGACUCUACAUAGGUUUGGAAAUACUUCAUCUUCUUCUGUUUGGUAUGAACUUUGUUACAUAGAGGCCAAAGGUAGGAUGAGAAGGGGUGACAGGGUUUGGCAAAUUUCUUUUGGGAGUGGAUUCAAGUGUAACAGUGCAGUAUGGAUAUGUAUUAACACUCCGGAGCCUAAGGUAGCCAAUGCAUGGAGAGAUAGGAUUCACUCAUAUCCUGUAGACCUACCAGAUAUUGUGAAGAUUAGUUAAGAAGAAUAAUUCAGCAACCACAUGUUAUGCAUUGCAACAUUUUCUAUUUGUAGUAGCCAAAAUGUAAUAUUUCUUAAUUUUAUACAUUUCCAAUUUA